AUGCCAUUCCACUCUGUGACGGCAGGGCUGCUCUACAAGGGGAACUACCUGAGCCAGUCGCUGUCGGACACCGACAGUGACGUGUUGGCCAGCAUCUCUGUGGAGGAGCUGGGUGAGAUCCGCGAGGCGUUCCGGGUCUUGGACCGGGACGGGAACGGCUUCAUCUCCAAGCAGGAGCUGGGCAUGGCCAUGCGCUCCCUGGGGUACAUGCCCAGUGAGGUGGAGCUGGCCAUCAUCAUGCAGAGACUAGAUAUGGACGGCGACGGCCAGGUGGACUUUGAGGAGUUCAUGACCAUCCUGGGACCCAAGCUGCUGUCGUCCGAGACCAGAGAGGGAUUCCUGGGCAGCACCAUAGACACCAUCUUCUGGCAGCCUUCCUCUCAAAGCCGGGCGCCGGGGGCGGAGCGCGGCGCCGAGUAG